CGAAAGCUUAUGUCCCUGGGUCACCAUGGCGACCGCCCCGCCCCGCCGAUGACGUGAGCCCGGACGUGAGCUGGCGAUGCCGCCGUGGAGGCGCGGACCCGGAAGUGCGCUGGGGCCGGGUGAUAUGGCUGCGGCUGCAGGAGCUGGGGACGAGGAGAAGGACAUGAAGCCGCCGCAGGUGGACAUGAAGGAGGCUGGCUCUGUGCCGGGGAGAGGCGCCGGAGACAGAACCAAUCGCCGCCUGAAGUAUCUCAGCUUGGCCGUGCUGGUGGUUCAGAAUGCCUCGCUCAUCCUCAGCAUCCGAUACGCCCGCACUCUGCCCGGUGAGCGCUUCUUCUCCACCACGGCCGUGGUCAUGGCUGAGAUCCUCAAGGGAAUCACCUGUCUGCUGCUGAUGUUGGCCCAGAAAAAAGGUAACGUCAAGGAACUUGCUGUGUAUCUGUACGAUGCCAUCAUUAUUCAGUACAUGGACACCCUGAAGCUGGCCGUGCCUUCCUUGAUAUACACUUUGCAGAAUAAUCUCCAAUACGUGGCUAUAUCUAACCUGCCGGCAGCCACGUUCCAGGUCACGUAUCAGCUGAAGAUCUUGACCACGGCGUUAUUUUCAGUCCUCCUCCUACGGAAAAGUCUGUCCCGGCUUCAGUGGGGUUCCCUGGUUAUCCUCUUCGUCGGGGUGGCGGUGGUACAGUCUGAGCAGUCCGGCGGCAAGGAGAACGUGGCUUCGAGCGGCCAGAGCUACGUUGUGGGCCUGAUAGCCGUGGCCGUGUCCUGCCUGUCCUCCGGCUUCGCGGGCGUUUACUUUGAACGCAUCCUGAAGGGCAGCUCGGCCUCCGUUUGGCUGCGCAACAUCCAGCUCGGACUCUUCGGCACAGCCUUAGGACUUUUGGCCAUGUGGCAACAAGAUGGAGCCGCCAUUGCCGAGCGCGGCUUCUUUUACGGGUACACGCCGCUUGUGUGGUGCGUCAUCUUCAACCAGGCCUUCGGUGGUCUUCUGGUAGCGGUGGUGGUGAAAUACGCAGACAACAUCUUGAAAGGCUUUGCCACCUCGCUGUCGAUUGUGGUGUCCACGGCUGCCUCCGUCCACCUCUUCGGCUUCCACGUGGACCUGCCGUUUGCCGUGGGAGCUGGGCUGGUCAUAGGGGCUGUGUAUUUGUACAGCCUCCCACGAACACCGGACCCCUCAGUGCCUGCACCUAGUCAGGCUCCUUCACACAAGGAAGUCUUCUUGCCAAAGAUUAUUUCCAAACAGAAAGGCUCCUGAGAACCCUGCCGCCAGCACAUCCGUGUACAGACAUCAUGAUUGCUCCAUUGUUCCGGAUAAGUGUACAUUGGAACGACUAGUCUUAUCCUAUUGUGUGCCAAGCUUUACAUGAACUGCUACAAUACACACCUCCUGCGGAGUCUCGGUGCCCACAUGUGGCAGACGGGCAGGAUGUGAGGGAGUGAUCGCAGCUGCCAAGUGAAAAGAUAUAUCUAGAUCAGCCAAGUAUUAAUGUUUCUUUCUCGCCAGUGUUAACGCUAUUUAAUAAAUUUUGUAUGACUAAA